CCAGCUCUAUAUCCUUACCACCUCGUGACAUCCCCACACUCUGCUCGACACGAGCCUGGAGAUCCGGACCAGUAUGUAGGUAUCGGACCCGACCAGGCACGACUUGUUUAUAUUAGCUUGGCAUGCUCAGCAUAUCCUGUUGUCCUACUACGUCUUUCUUCUCCUUCAGCUUUCUUACUGCCCCGAAUCUCAUCCACAAUGACAGGUUUCGCAAGGGCAAAAGAGGACCGCCCAACACCUCCUGAGGUGUACAAUUGGCGCGUCUAUGUCUCAGCCCUCAUUAUCUCGCUCGGCGUCAUGGCCUACGGUUACGACUCUGCCUUCAUUGGAACGACUAUCACCCAGAAGUCGUUCAAGCGCGACUUCGGGCUCGCAACUAUGACCAAAGCGGAGCAGAACGCGGUUAGCAGCAACUUGACCAGUAUCUACUCCGCGGGUGGGUUUUUCGGCGCCUUCUUCAUGUUCUUCUCCCUCGAGCUUCUGGGCCGACGAGCCACAGUCAUCAUUUCGGACAUUGUCUUCCUCAUCGGCGGCGUCCUAUGCACCGUACCGACUCACCAGCUUGGACUCAUCUAUGCGGGCCGCCUUCUGACUGGUCUCGGAGUUGGUGGUAUUGCUGCUGUGUGCCCAAUAUACGUCGCAGAGAUUUCCCCACCGGCCAUUCGAGGUCGGUUGACUGGUUUCUUCGAGUCCUCUUAUCAGAUCGGUGCUGUCAUAGGAUUCUGGAUCAACUAUGGCAUCGUCCACAACGUCGCAGGCACGAAGUCUGUUGCGUGGCGGAUCCCGAUGGCUGUCCAGCUCAUACCGGCCGGCCUACUCGCCAUCGGUAUUCCUUUUCUUCGCGAGUCGCCGCUUUGGCUGCUCAAGCAGGGCCGCGAUACGGAGGCGAUCAGCGUCUAUAGCUAUUACCGUAAUCUGCCCGCCGAUCACCACUACAUCGCGGAAGAUGUCAUGUUCGUCAAAGGACAGAUCGCACACGAAAGGGCAGUAACAACGGGCGACAGGCCUACAUUCGCUGCUUUCCUGAGGGGUGCCGGCAAGGAGGCGAUCAUGAAGGGUAUGCGCAAUAGGUUCGCUUCGGUAUUUCUUAUGUUCAUGUGGCAAGCCUGGUCUGGCGCUGCCGCCAUCAAUUACUACUCGCCAACCAUCUUUACCAGCAUCGGCCUAACCGACACUACUCUCUGGACCGGUGUCUACGGUCUUAUCAAGGCCGCCGGCUCUGUCAUCUUCUUCACCUUCUUCGUUGAUAGCUUCGGCCGAAAGAUUCCAUGGAUUGUCUCGUCGCUUGCGUGCGCCGUAUGCCAGUACUACCUCGCCGGAUACAUUGCCGUGGCUCACCCAACUACGACCGUACAGCACGGGCCUUCCACGAUCGCCGGCGGCAAGGCGGCGACAGCAGCGAUCAUGAUCUUCGGCGCCACGUGGUCUUUCGGUGCGAACGGUUUGCCGUGGAUCAUCUCCGCCGAAAUAUUCCCGUCUUCGCUUCGCAGCAUCUCAGGCCCGUGGGCGGCUAUGUCUGUGUGGUUGUGGACCUACGUCGUCACUAAGGCAUUGCCAUCAAUGUAUACAAGCAUGGGAUACGGUGUGUAUAUCUUCUUCGCUUCCAUGCUCGUGUGCGCCAGUAUCUACGCAUGGUUCUUCAUUCACGAGACGAAGGGUCUUCGCAUGGAUCAGAUGGACGAGCUGUUUGGUUUCGUCAGGCCAGGCACCGAUUACAUGGCAAAGGCUGUGAACGAAGGGAUGGACAUGGACGGUACGGAGAAGUAUGAGAAGAACAUUGCUGCGAGAGUAGAGCAGGUCUAAGGAGUGCAAUGUAUGAACGCACCCGUCCUGGUGUUUCGUCACUAUGGAAGCAAUGUCUGAUCUCGACCGCAUCAUGUGGACGGCUUCAUAUGUCGCAGCAGCUUCACCGAGCACAUCUCUCGUGGCGCUGGUCGGAAAGAACAUAAAAGUGACCGGCAACUGCCCCGAAACAGUGCCGUUGUGUACGUUGCCCAGACACCGUAAUAUGCUGUCGCGCAUCCUCCUUACCAUCUCACAGGGCUACGGUCCAGCCAAUUUUCACGAACUCCGGCAUAACUGGCAUGGUCAGAAGGACCAAGCAAACCUGCA